UCAUACUGCCACCUCCACUUGUAAAAUCAACUCUAAAAACAGGUGGCAAGUCAAAUAUCUACCAAUUUAGAAAGAACGUGUCAGACUCAAACAAUACACCCAGAAGUGGUCAGAGCUCCUCACCUGCAGGAUAGCUGGACACCCUGUGGGCCCUUCAUUGUUACUAGGUCCCUUGGUGAAAAGUGGACACAGCUUCGGGAUGGAUGAGGGAGACUUGCGGAGGCAGGAGGCGUAUUCCAGACACAGUGUGAGAGCCUCUGAGACCUAGAAUCUACAUCAUCAGUGUUAAUCCUUGACACAGGGGGUGCUUGGCCCCCCCCACCCCAUGUUCUCAGGAGCCAUGUGGCCUGUCUUUGCACCAAAACUCCCCAACCAGGCCCAGCUCUACCCUCUCUCCACCCCAGCUGCCCUGCAGCCCUUCCCUCUUGCCCUUUGAUGUUUUGUAGGCCCACAGUUCCCAAACAGAGGCAUGAUGGGGGAGAAUGUCACCAAGGUCAGCACCUUCAUCCUGGUGGGCUUCCCCACGGCCCCGGGGCUGCAGUACCUGCUCUUCCUCGUCUUCCUGCUCACCUACCUCUUUGUCCUGGUGGAGAACCUGGCCGUCAUCCUCGCUGUCUGGAGCAGCACCCACCUCCACAGGCCCAUGUACUACUUUCUGAGCUCCCUGUCUUUCCUGGAGCUCUGGUACGUGUCUGACAUCAUCCCCAAGAUGCUGGAGGGCUUCCUGCUCCUGCGGAAAUGCAUCUCUUUUGUCGGGUGCAUGACGCAGCUCUACUUCUUCAGCUCCCUGGUGUGUACUGAGUGCGUGCUCCUGGCCUCCAUGGCCUACGACCGCUACGUGGCCAUCUGCCACCCGCUGCGCUACCACGUCCUGGUGACCCCGGGGCUGUGCCUCCAGCUGGUGGGCUUCUCCUUUGUGAGCGGCUUCACUGUCUCCAUGAUCAAGGUCUAUUUUAUCUCCAGCGCCACGUUCUGUGGCUCCAACGUCUUGAACCACUUCUUCUGUGACAUCUCCCCCAUCCUCAAGCUGGCCUGCACGGACUUCUCCACUGCAGAGCUGGUGGAUUUCAUCCUGGCCUUCAUCAUCCUGGUGUUUCCGCUCCUGGCCACUGUGCUGCCAUAUGGGCACAUCACCGUGGCCGUCCUGCACAUUCCCUCGGCCACCGGCCGCUGGAGAGCCUUCUCCACCUGUGCUUCUCACCUCGCCGUGGUCACCAUCUUCUACAUGGCCAUGAUUUUCAUGUAUGUCCGGCCUCAGGCCAUUGAUUCCCGGAGCUCCAACAAGCUCAUCUCUGCUGUGUACACUGUCAUCACGCCAAUAAUUAACCCUUUGAUCUACUGCCUGAGGAACAAGGAAUUUAAGGAUGCCUUGAAAAAGGCCUUGGGUCAAACUUCACAGUAAGACAACUAAGUGUCCUAAAAUAAAAUCUGUAGUGAUGAAACAACGUCAUAUAUGGCUCUUUAAACUA